AUGACAUACACUAUAAAUAUUUUCCAUGUUGAAAAUCCGGAUGAUGUGUUGCAAGGUGAACUGCCGAGACUUAUGGAACGUGGCCCUUACGUUUACGACAUAAUCAUUGAAAAAGAAAUACUGAGUGUAAACGAGAUACGUGAUGAAAUAACUUAUAAUAUAAAAAAAACAUAUCACUACAAUGACGAACGAAGUGGCGAACUUUCCGAAAACGAUGAAGUUGUAAUUUUAAAUCUGGCUUAUCUUGGUGCUAUAAAUACGAUCGCAGGUUUUUCGUUAUCUUUACUCAAACAAUAUGGUAUAGCAAUAGACAAAUUAUUCCCUGAAAAGAAUCCCCUUUUUGUUAAAGCUAAAGUAAAGGAUUUACUUUUCGAUGGUAUCCCUUUGUUCUGCGAUAUAACUAAGCAUGAAAAAAUGAAAUUAAUCUGUUUGACGCUAAAGGGAAAAAAACCACCAAUAUUAUGGAACACCGAUGUUGAAAAUUAUUACAUGUAUAGCAUAUUAGGCACGAGAAAUGCAACAUGGUUUGGUCCAAUGACAAGUAACAGAGGUGUACAAAUUCCAACAUUGUUAGGAGAAAUAACGUCGGUUAAUAACAAACGAGCACAAAAAUAUUGGUCAUCUGAGGAAUGCAACGCUAUUAAGGGAAAAGAUAGUUUAAUAUUUCCUUCUUACGAGGAACCACCUCAACGUAUUUACAUUUACAUUUAUGAACUAUGUCGAAAUGAAAAAUUUAAGGGAAUGUACGAUGUAUGGCGUUACACUAACACGAUCGAAAAUUGGAGCUCUAAUCAAUCCGAUUGUUAUUGUUUAGUUUCUAAAAAUGAAAAAAAAUGUCCCCCUAGUGGUCUCAUGGAUGCUAACAAAUGUAUGAAAAUCCCUACAUUUAUAUCGGAGCCGCAUUUUUUUAACGCCGAUCCCUCAGUUUUGGAUUAUUUACCAGAUUUGAGUCCAUGCGAGGAAUUGCAUUCGAGUUUCAUAUUGAUCGACCCACUUAGCAGUAAUCCUCUUGAAGGUUACAGAAAAUCGCAAGUUAAUAUGAAGGUAACAUCGUAUCCGAUCGAUUUGCUUGCCAACUUAACCGAUGGAUACUUUCCCAUUAUAUGGAUGAGCGAGGUUUGAUUUCAUUAUUUAGAAAUAAUAAUUAUAAUUAUUUACGAUAUAAUAGAUUUAUAAUUCAUA